AUGGUUAUCCAAUAUUUCCUUUUAUACUUAAUGGUAGUGUAUAUUUUUCUAGACGGUGCUUAUUGUGACAGUGUUGGUGCCGUUAUGGAAAAUAAAGAAGUUCGUGAUAAAACUAAUUCGCUGUCGGAUAUAAUCACGACAGGAAAAUUAUCCUUAACUGAGGAUUUUAAAUCUUCCGAAAACACUGAUGGUUAUUCCAGGAGUAGACGCAAAAAACUAAAAAAACGUUUCGAAAAGUAUAUUCUGCCACUCAUUAUGGCAUACAAGUUAAAAUUUGUAGCCCUAAUACCACUGUUUGUGGGAGGUUUAAUUUUACUGGUUGGAUCCACAGGAUUAGCAGGAUUUUUCUUUGCCCUAUUCGCCGCUGCACUGGGACUUAAAGCAUCAGGAAAGGAUGAUAUCUACUCCUGA